AUGGCGAGUAUCAAGUUUGUCAAUACCCAGGCCCUCCGGGGUUCUCCUCCAACACAACACACCAAGUCGAAUACCUCUCCUGUCAUUCCAAUGUCCUCGUCCCUUCCGAAUGUCAAUGCUUCCUCCAUGAACUCUCGGCCGUUCGACCUCGAGCGCCAAAUGCGGAGUUUGCUGGUCGAGAAACGUGGUCACGGGAACCAGCAGCAGCAUAAUACCGCUCCCGCUCUCACUGCUCCCUUCACUGCUCCGCCCCCAAGGAAGUACAUGAAAUCAUCAAAGUCAAAGCCAUGGUUCAUUGCUCCGCCACCGGGCGGAAGAGGUCUGGCCCCAGCGAUCGCUACGAGUGCUACAUAUUACGCCGCCCCGGGAAAGGUCGUGACGAGAACUGAGCUGCGGCCAGUGCACAGGGGAAGCCCGACGUUAUCACAUAAGUCGUCUUCCUCGACAUCAAGUUCUCCUGUCGAGGCCCCCUCUGCUCACAACCGCUCGCGACCAAAGGCCAACCCCCCAGAUAAUAAUUGGGGUGCAAGGUCGGUUCCUGGUGCCGCUCCUCCGACUCUUCCUCAAGGACCGAACGAUAUCCCUUGGGUUGCUCCUUCUCCCACCAACUCACCCCAGCCAAGUCCUGACCCUAGGCCAUUGACACAUAUCGAGUCACCAUUGCUUCCUCCUCUACCAUCAACUACUUUGCUCGGAAGAUCGGGCUCGUUGACUAGGAGGAACAACUCUGACUUGAAGAUUGUGCCACCUCCACUUACUCCCACUGGCGUAGCAGGGAAAACUGGACUUCCACCUCCGCCGGUUUCUCCGCCGAUGCCUAAGCCAAGAUCUUCUCCGGGGAGAAUGAGAAAGACUUCGGAUGUUUUGGAUACGGUGUACAGCAUCUAUAAUAAGCUUCCGACAUCCCGGGAUCGGAGUAAUUCCGACAGUGGUGAUCGUGACUUUGUUAGCCGAUUAGCGACCAGGAUUGUCCCGAGACGGAAUACUCCUUCGCCGUCGCCACCUCCAACUAGUUCGCCCCACCCGACUCCUCAGCCACAGACCGACGAAUUGCCACCCACACCUCCGCCCAAGCCCCGACCUGGGGAUGUCUCUCCUCGGGUUAUCCCUCUGGUUGAACUCCCUGGCACCAUUCCUUCUACCCCACCGCAAUCACGCUCGCCCGCUAGAAGUCGGUCUCCGAGGCUACGCAGCCCGCGGAGUCCCCCACCUUCCCGUGAAAGCCAAGAAGUGUACUCCAAGCUACCGCUGCCCCCUGUUCCAGCUCCAACUCCUACCAAGCCACUCUUCUCAGGUGUGCCAUCUGCGCUCCCAAAACUCUCCACUCUCUCCAGCCCUCCGACCAGUCCGGCCCCCGGUAAUACUAGCGCGAAAGCCAAUUUUGACGUCGACCUCGGCUACGCCGACGAGCUGGUGGAAUGGUUCGAAAACUUCUGCUACCCAUGCGAGUCCCCGUCGACCGUGACCACACCCUCCCCGAGGACCCCGAACACUUCCACCACCACCUUCCCUUCGCCCCCCCCGUCGCCAAAGAAGGAUUCCACGACCGAGGCUCCCAGCACCGACCCCGCCGUCAUCCUCCCGGACGAGGAAUCCCCCAUCACUGGCCGCCAGCAUUUCGCUGGUCCCCAACCAUCACUCGGGGCGGAACACACCCCGUCCCCGGACUUCCUGAGCCCCUUUAAGGUGCACAACUCGGGCGUGUGCUUCCCCAAGAGAAAGCCCGUCCCGAUGAGCAUGUACUCCACUGCUAGCAGCGUCGGCGACGCGUUCAGGUUCGAUUGCGACGACCUCCAUCCGAUUUCCGAUGGCGGGUCCACUGCUUCCGGUGAAGACGACGAGGAGACUAUCCUGGCUGGUAGAGAGGUUGAGAAGUUACAGGGCCAGAUCGAGGACAUCCUCAACAACGCGAUUUACCUCCGGGACGUGGGUGAGGUCGAGGGUGAAGGCGAGAUUGAGCGAGAGGGGGAAUGGCGCAAGACUAUGUACAUUGCGGGGAGGAAUAGUGCGCUUGAAGGGGACGUGAUUUUUUGCUUGAAGGCUUGUGAGCUUUGAUUCUCUCUUUUCCUCUCUUUCCGUUUUGUUUUGCUUCACUGUGAAUAUUGCAUUGGGCGUUUACGGCGGGGGGUUUUUUUUUUUGUUCCCUGGAACCCGGGCUCGGCUCGGUUUAGGAUGGGAAUUCAGUUGAUCUCCAUGAUAUCUAUUUUAUUUUUAUAUCUACCUUCUUCUUUUUUUUUUU